UCGGGGGGCGCGCGGCGGCGGCGGCGGCGGCGCGGCGCGUGAGGCCGCCUCUGGCCGAGCGGCGCCGCCAACAUGUCGGAUACCAAGGUAAAAGUUGCCGUCCGGGUCCGGCCCAUGAACCGACGAGAACUGGAACUGAACACCAAGUGCGUGGUGGAGAUGGAAGGGAACCAAACGGUCCUGCACCCUCCUCCUUCCAACACCAAACAGGGAGAAAGGAAACCUCCCAAGGUAUUUGCCUUUGAUUAUUGCUUUUGGUCCAUGGAUGAGUCUAACACCUCAAAAUAUGCCGGACAAGAAGUGGUUUUCAAGUGCCUUGGGGAAGGAAUUCUUGAAAAAGCCUUUCAGGGGUAUAAUGCUUGUAUUUUUGCAUAUGGACAGACAGGUUCGGGAAAGUCCUUCUCCAUGAUGGGCCAUUCUGAGCAGCUGGGCCUCAUUCCAAGGCUGUGCUGUGCGUUAUUUAAAAGGAUCUCUUUGGAGCAAAAUGAGUCACAGACUUUUAAGGUUGAAGUAUCCUAUAUGGAAAUUUAUAAUGAGAAAGUUCGGGAUCUUUUAGACCCCAAGGGGAGUAGACAGUCUCUCAAAGUUCGAGAACAUAAAGUAUUGGGACCAUAUGUAGAUGGUUUAUCUCAACUGGCUGUCACCAGUUUUGAGGAUAUCGAGUCCUUGAUGUCCGAGGGAAAUAAGUCGCGAACCGUAGCCGCCACCAACAUGAACGAGGAGAGCAGCCGCUCCCACGCCGUGUUCAACAUCAUCAUCACCCAGACGCUGUACGACCUGCAGUCCGGGAACUCCGGAGAGAAAGUCAGUAAGGUCAGCCUGGUAGACCUGGCGGGCAGCGAAAGAGUGUCCAAGACCGGAGCUGCUGGCGAGCGACUGAAGGAGGGCAGCAACAUCAACAAAUCAUUGACAACCUUAGGGCUUGUUAUAUCAUCGCUGGCUGACCAGGCUGCAGGCAAGGGUAAAAACAAAUUUGUGCCUUAUCGAGACUCGGUCCUCACUUGGCUUCUUAAGGACAAUUUGGGGGGCAACAGCCAGACCUCCAUGAUUGCCACCAUCAGCCCCGCAGCAGACAACUAUGAGGAGACCCUGUCCACGUUAAGAUACGCAGACCGAGCCAAGCGGAUUGUGAACCAUGCCGUGGUGAACGAGGACCCCAAUGCCAAAGUCAUCCGAGAACUGCGGGAGGAAGUGGAGAAGCUGCGGGAGCAGCUCUCCCAGGCCGAGGCCAUGAAGGCUCCUGAACUGAAGGAGAAGCUCGAAGAGUCUGAAAAGCUGAUAAAAGAAUUAACAGUGACGUGGGAAGAGAAGCUGAGGAAGACAGAAGAGAUCGCACAGGAGAGACAGCGACAGCUUGAGAGCAUGGGCAUUUCUCUGGAGACGUCUGGCAUCAAGGUGGGGGAUGACAAGUGCUACUUGGUCAACCUGAAUGCAGACCCUGCUCUCAAUGAGCUCCUGGUUUAUUAUUUAAAGGAUCACACCAGGGUGGGUGCAGACACCUCUCAGGAUAUCCAGCUCUUCGGGAUAGGGAUUCAGCCUGAGCACUGUGAGAUCGAUAUCGCCUCCGACGGAGAGGUCACUCUUACUCCGAAAGAAAAUGCAAGGUCCUGUGUGAACGGUGCUCUUGUGUGCAGUGCCACCCAGCUGUGGCACGGUGACAGAAUCCUGUGGGGAAAUAACCACUUUUUUAGGAUCAACUUACCGAAGAGGAAGCGGCGAGAUUGGUUGAAAGACUUCGAGAAGGAGACAAGCCCGGCAGAGCAUGACCUGGACGCCGCCAGCGAGGCUUCCUCGGAGCCCGACUACAACUACGAGUUCGCCCAGAUGGAGGUCAUCAUGAAAACCCUCAACAGCAACGACCCAGUUCAAAACGUGGUCCAGGCCUUGGAGAAGCAGUACCUGGAAGAGAAGAGAAGCGCCCUGGAGGAGCAGCGGCUCAUGUACGAGCGGGAGCUGGAGCAACUGCGCCAACAGCUCUCCCCCGAGCGGCAGCCCCCGAGUGGCGGCCCCGACCGCCUGUCCUACAGCAGCCAGACAGCCCAGCAGAAGGUGACCCAGUGGGCAGAGGAGAGGGAUGAACUCUUCCGGCAGAGCCUGGCCAAACUACGAGAGCAGCUAGUCAAAGCUAAUACCCUGGUGCGGGAAGCAAACUUCUUAGCUGAAGAAAUGAGCAAACUCACUGAUUACCAAGUGACUCUCCAGAUCCCUGCUGCAAACCUCAGUGCCAACAGAAAGAGAGGUGCGAUAGUGAGUGAGCCUGCUAUUCAGGUGAGGAGAAAGGGGAAGAGCACCCAGGUUUGGACCAUUGAGAAGCUGGAGAACAAGUUAAUUGACAUGAGAGACCUCUAUCAAGAAUGGAAGGAGAAUGUCCCUGAGGCCAAGAGGCUCUACGGGAAGCGAGGGGACCCUUUUUACGAAGCCCAGGAGAACCACAACCUGAUCGGUGUGGCCAACGUGUUCCUGGAGUGCCUGUUCUGUGACGUGAAGCUUCAGUACGCAGUUCCCAUCAUCAGCCAGCAGGGGGAGGUUGCAGGGCGUCUGCAUGUGGAGGUAAUGCGGGUGACGGGGGCUGUUCCCGAGCGCGUGGUGGAGGAUGACUCUUCAGAGAACUCGAGCGAAAGCGGGAGCCUGGAAGUCGUGGAUGGCAGUGGAGAGAUCAUUCACCGCGUCAAGAAGCUGACGUGCCGGGUCAAAAUCAAAGAGGCAACUGGGUUGCCCUUAAGCCUGUCCAAUUUCGUCUUCUGUCAGUACACGUUCUGGGACCAGUGUGAGUCUGCCGUGGCUGCCCCGGUGGUGGACCCCGAUGUGCCCUCCCCACAGUCCAAGGAUGCCCAGUACACAGUGACCUUCUCUCACUGUAAGGACUACGUGGUGAAUGUCACCGAGGAGUUCCUAGAGUUCAUAUCAGAUGGAGCGCUGGCAAUUGAGGUCUGGGGCCACCGGUGUGCUGGCAAUGGCAGCUCCGUCUGGGAAGUGGACUCUCUUCACGCUAAGACAAGAACAUUGCAUGACAGGUGGAAUGAAGUAACUCGAAGAAUAGAGAUGUGGAUCUCCAUAUUAGAACUGAAUGAGUUGGGGGAAUAUGCCGCCGUGGAGCUUCAUCAGGCUAAAGAUGUCAACACGGGGGGCGUCUUCCAGCUCAGACAGGGUCACUCCCGGAGAGUGCAAGUCACAGUGAAACCUGUUCAGCAUUCAGGGACACUGCCGCUCAUGGUUGAAGCCAUCUUGUCGGUAUCCAUUGGCUGCGUAACUGCCAGGUCCACCAAACUCCAAAGAGGGCUGGACAGUUACCAGAGAGAUGAUGAGGAUGGUGAUGAUAUGGAUAGUUACCAGGAAGAAGACUUAAACUGCGUCCGAGAGAGGUGGUCAGAUGCACUCAUCAAACGACGAGAAUACUUAGAUGAGCAGAUUAAAAAAGUCAGCAAUAAGAAAGACAAGACAGAGGACGACGUGGAGCGGGAGGCGCGGCUGGUGGAGCAGUGGGUGGGGCUGACGGAGGAAAGGAACGCUGUGCUGGUGCCCGCCCCGGGCAGUGGGAUCCCCGGCGCCCCAGCUGACUGGAUUCCACCUUCUGGAAUGGAAACCCACAUACCAGUUCUCUUCCUUGAUUUGAAUGCGGAUGACCUCAGUGCCAACGAGCAGCUUGUGGGUCCACACGCAUCAGGCGUGAACUCCAUCCUGCCCAAGGAGCAUGGCAGCCAGUUUUUCUACCUGCCCAUUAUAAAGCACAGCGAUGACGAGGUUUCAGCUACUGCCUCUUGGGACUCCUCAGUACACGACUCUGUUCACUUGAACAGGGUCACACCGCAGAAUGAAAGGAUUUACCUGAUUGUGAAGACCACCGUCCAGCUCAGCCACCCGGCUGCCAUGGAGUUGGUAUUAAGGAAACGGAUUGCAGCCAACAUUUACAACAAACAGAGUUUUACACAGAGUUUGAAGAGGAGAAUAUCAUUGAAAAAUAUAUUUUAUUCCUGUGGGGUAACCUAUGAAAUAGUCUCCAACAUACCAAAGGCAACCGAAGAGAUUGAGGACCGGGAAACCUUGGCUCUCCUGGCAGCCCGGAGUGAAAACGAGGGCACGUCCGACGGAGAGACGUACAUUGAGAAGUACACACGGGGCGUGCUGCAGGUGGAGAACAUUCUGAGCCUUGAACGGCUCCGGCAGGCCGUCACGGUCAAAGAGGCACUUUCCACCAGAGCCCGGCACAUCCGGAGGAGCCUCAGCACACCGAAUGUUCACAAUGUUUCCUCUAGUCGACCAGACCUUUCUGGCUUUGACGAAGAUGACAAGGGUUGGCCAGAGAGCCAGUUAGACAUGUCUGACUACAGCUCCAGUUACCAAGAUGUGGCGUGCUACGGAACUUUACCCAGGGAUUCGCCUCGGAGGAGCAAAGAAGGUUGUGCCUCGGAGAAUCCUCAUGCCUUAACAGUGAGCCCUUUUAAAGCAUUCUCUCCUCAGCCACCAAAGUUUUUCAAGCCCCUGAUGCCUGUCAAAGAGGAGCAUAAAAAAAGGACGGCUCUUGAAGCAAGACCUCUUCUAAGCCAGGAGAGCAUGCCUCCAUCUCAGGCACUUAACCCUGGCUGCAUUGUCCCCCCUGGAAGCAAUGGCAGCAGCAUGCCCGUAGAUCACCAUAGCAAACGUGAGAAGAAGAUUGACUCCGAGGAGGAGGAGAACGAGCUGGAAGCUAUGAGCAGACAGCUGAUGAACUCCCAGCCUUACGUCCCUGUGGAGUUUGCCGACUUCAGUGUUUACAAUGCCAGCUUGGAGAACCGGGAAUGGUUUUCUUCUAAAGGAGAUCUGACAAACUCACGGGUCUUGGAGAAAGAGGUGUCUCAUAGCCCUACCACCAGCAGUAUUACCAGUGGCUACUUCUCCCACAGUGCCUCCAAUGCCACCCUGUCGGACAUGGUGGUCCCUACUAGUGACAGCUCAGACCAGCUAGCCGUUCAGACCAAGGAUCCAGACUCCAGUGAACAUUCCGGACUGUCACUUGGGCACGAUUCCAGACUACCCUCAAACAGAGAGUUGCCAGAAGGAGAAGGAGGCUUGGGAAAGGAGAAGACGAACAUGGUGCCACUCAAGGAACACAGUGCCUUAGCCAAAGCGAGCGCCCCCGAGAAAAGCUCCAGACUGCUGUGUAGGACUGGUUCAUGGUCAGAGCCUGAUGCCUGUCCCAGCAAAAACGGCCAAGCAGCCAAGGAAUUCUGCCCAAGGGAGGUGACAGUUGAACACACCACAAACAUCCUCGAGGAUCAUUCUUUCACAGAGUUCAUGGGUGCGUCCGAUGGAAGAGACUUUGACGGUUUGACACAUUCUUCUGCUGCAGAGGCCUCCAACAGGAGGAACCUACCAAAUAAAACAGACAGUAAGAGUGUCCCAGAGGGGCCACGGGAUACUGGCCAGCCGAAUUCCAAGUUAGAGAAUGACCAGGUAAUAAUUCCAGAGGCAGCCUUUUGGGUCCUGUGCUAGGGUGAGCAGGGCGGAUAUUACAUAGAUUGUACACAGAGCUCCAGAGGCCCUUCAUUGCAGGGACAGGGUGGGAAAGAGUCAUCCUGAUAUUUCCAACAGGGAAGGGCCCACCGGGGAGCAGCCUCUCAACCUGUCCUGCUCACUCUGUGUGUCAGAGCAGGUUGGCUUUGGGAACCAGAGUGAAACCAUGAGAUACAUAGGACCAGUGGGAUUUUAUUUUAUUUUAUUCUAUUUUACUAGCGUAUGGGUUGGUGUUGAAUUGAGCACCCAGGUGGAUAAGGAUCAAUUCACCUCAUAUUCUUUCCCUGAGAUGUUUAGCUAUUGGCUCUUCAAAGUUAUCUGGUAGCAUCUAUCCUAUUUCAUCGAAUCUAUGAUUCCUUUGAUUAUUAUAUGAUCUAUUAUUUUAUAUGUCAUUAAGAAGGGAAAACAGCCAGGUGCGGUGGCACUUACCUAUAAUCCCAGCAGCUUGGGAGGCUGAGGCAGGAGGAUCGCAAGUUCAAAUCCAGCCUCAGUAACUUAAUGGGGCACUUAGCAACUCAGCAAGACUGAAUUUUAGUUUGAGCAAAACAACUCAGCACUUAGCAACUCAGUCUCUAAAUAAAAUAUUUUAAAAGGCUGCAGAUGUGGCUCAGUGGUUAAAUACUCCUGGGUUCAAUCCCCGAUAUCAAAAAAAGAAAGAAAGAAAGAAAAAUAAACAGCCAGGUGCCAAGGUGCAUACCUGUAAUCCCUGCUACUUGGGGAAUCACAAGUUUGAGGCCAGCCUGUCUCAAACUAAAAUGAAAAGGGCAAGGGAUGUAGUUAAGUUGAAGAUGCCUAUUUAACAUGCCUAUUUCCAUCUCCAGCAUCACAAAAAAAGAAAUAACUAUCAGCAAUUGCAAGACACACCCCAAUUUUAGACAUGUCAUAGUGGAGGGGGAAACAUAGGUGGUGAAGAGUUGAUAAAGUACAGUAAUCUGGUACCCUUACGGGACUGUGCUUCAUGGGGAAAUAAGGCAGACUUCCUGAGCAAUUAAAGUUUGGGUGGAACAAAAUAGAUAUUUGCUAAGGAAAACAUAACAAAUUACAUAAACAAGAGAUCAUCAGCCUGUAAGUGUUGUAUUCCCAAGUACCACCACUUCCUCCCAUUCAUGUAACUUUUGGUAGGGGGCCACUGGGGAUUGAACUCAGGGGUGCUUGACCACUGAGCUACAUCCCAGCCCUUUUUAUUUUUUUAGUUUGAGAAAAGAUCUUGCUAAGUUGCUGAGGCUCAUCUCAAACUAUGAUCCUCCCGUUUUAGUCUCCCAAAUUGCUGGGAUUAUAGGCAUGUGCCACCACGCCAGGUUUAUUCUCAUAACAUUUUUGGCCCCAUACCCCUGUGAGCUAAGAAGGAGCCCUGGCGGUACACAGAGUCACUCACACCCUCAGAAGCCUGGGGAGAAGGUGCCAUUCCAACGAGGCGGCUCUUCUCCCCAGUCUUCCCCCUGCUUUCUGUACCAGCCCUUUGCAUUUCAGAGUGCAGUCAUUUACCCAUAAAUAAACUGCGAAAGUGACCUUUUGCAAUAAGAAAAAGGCUUCUUUCCCCCAUAUGAUAAUAGGGGCUAUGGCCCAGUGGUGGAGUGGGCGCUUAACAUGCAUGGGGCCCUGGUUCCAUCCCCAGCUCCAAGAGAACAGAGUCCCUCCUUGCUGGUAUCUGUUCUUGCCACCAAACUGAGCAUUUGUUGAAAAAUCCUCCACUUCCUGCAAACUGACCUUGAAGCGGGAUCAGCAUGGAUGACCUGCUUCCCCUUUGCAUUCAGAAGGCCAGGUCAGAGCCUUUCAAAUCCCAGGAGUCCCUCAGUACCAAGACUUUGCUUCCGUGUGGUAAAGCUGGUAAGGUGAGAGGCGGUCAGGUGUCUAAGGUCUGCACGGUGAGCAGUGUGGCCCUAAAGCAGAAGGGAGGGGCCUACAGCCCCCUCAAGGGCUUGUUGCCUAGAUUAUUUAGAACCUGACAAGCAGGAAAGGUCUCACGAAAGGUCCCAGAAUAGCAAGUGGCAGAAUGCUUGCUUGGUGUGUGCAAGGCCCUGGAUUCCAUUCCCUUUCUUUGAAAAGAAAAAGAAAAAAAAAGUUGAAUCUACAGAAAUGUUUGUUGCCUCCGAAUAAUGGGAGGAUGGAGAUUCUUCUCCCCUAGGCAUUGCCUUAGUGCUUGGUAGGUCUCUCGGCUGUCUGGCUGUUGUUUGCAGGGGUGAAGAUUAAACGCAGGGCCUCUGGGUGGGGCGCUGAGCAAGCGCUGUACCACUGCUGCACCUCCAGCCCAUGUUGGUUUCAAUAAGUUGUUUAGGAAGUUUUAGUGUCUAUUUGAGAACUUUUUCUGUGUUAAAAUUCUACUUCAUUUCUAACCCCGAAAUGACUUAGAACGUGGAUCAGAGACAACUCUUUUAGAUUUUAAUUUUUUUGCUGCCUUUGCUUUGCCUUGAGGUUUUACCUCAAGGUUUGGCUUCUGCCUUGCAUGGUGUGAAUUCCAGAAAUGGGUUCCAUAAGAAACCCAACCCAGGGCUGGGGUUGUAGCUCAGUGGCAGAGCGCUUACCUAGCAUGUGUGAGGCACUGGGUUGGAUCCUUAGCACCACAUAAAAAUAAACAAAACAAAGGCAUGAUGUCCAUCAACAACUACAAAAAAAAAAAAAAAAAAAAAACCCAAAUUUAAA